AUCCUAAAUUUAGGUCAGUCACGCACGGUGUAAUGUCCACAUCUUUGCAGAUUUUGUAUACGUGUCUGAGCUAACAUUUGCAGAAGGAAACGUAGGAAUUUCGCUGCACGUUCUUGCAAAGUAACAAAUGAGCACAGUCUGCAGCUGUAUUGAGGGCAGCAACACAAACUGCUUUUUUCAGUGAGCUCUACUCUGCUCAUGUGCGUGCAUAAAUGGUGUCUGCAGGUACAUGCGUAUGUGUCAGGUCAGGUAGUGCCUAGGUCAUCGUCAGCUGAAGCCAUAAACCAGCAGAUGCAGUCCUUUAUGCUGUAUUUGCCCUAAGGAAAACUUGAGGAGAAUUUUUAGCCACAACAUCCUUGUGAGUGUUCUGUAGUCCUGUUAGCCACAGCACUAUGCUAACCUUCUGUAUAUGUAGGAAAUGAAUGGGGUUUUCUCCAAGUUGCUUAAUAACCAAAACUGGGCAAAGAAUUUUUGUAGGUUAUGGUAAAAUUAAGCUUCCCAGCAUGUUAAAUAUUUAACAAGGCUUUUCACAUAUAUAUUAUUUUGCAGAAAAUGUACAGCCAUGCAUUUAAUCUGGAUGAUUCUUGAUGCAAAGGUAAUAGCACCUGAAAAGUGAGCACUGAGUUUUCCAAGCAAAAGAAUCUCAUAAACGAUUUUUGCUUCAUGUGUGGUGUAAUUAUGCUAGGAAGAGCAGAUUCUGCCCACUUCGAGGGUGCGUUUAGUUGAAUAAUAAGCAACUUAAUAGAAAUUACUGCUUAUAGAUGAUUCAUAGCCUUUUUAAAUCAUUGUCUAUGAACUGAUGAUGUACUUCUUAAUCUGUAUUUAACAGCGGUGGAUGUUUUGUUAGUAGAUUUUAGAGGAAGUUAAAUGCCCCGUGUACAGACGGACCAUGUAAGAUAUGGCUAUGUAUAGUGUACACUUUAUACAUAGAUUUCUUUUUUCUAAAGAUGUGUGUCCUCUGCUGCCUACGGGACAGGCAGUGUACGGUGUGAUUGUCAAGUAAAGCUCCCUACAGCUCAGUGGCAUAAUCUCUGUCUCACUCCUUGCUGCUGAGACACCCAACCCACACGGGUAUUUUCCUUCCCAGCCACAAAAAUCUAUCAAACUUUGCAGGAUAAUUUCCUGCCAACAAAAGCUUCUUCCCUGUAGCUCUGCAGAUCCAUUUGCAUUCUGACUUUGGAAAGCAGCAUCAUACUGUUACGUGGGGUCUCACUAUCAGACUGUUCAUGCUGAAGGGCUAGAAACAUACCUGAUCUUUGGGUCAUACGACUCUCUUUCAGGAGAUUUGGAGUUUCAGUGGAUUGGGGAUUAGGUGCAGCACUUCUGAGCCCACAGCUUUGUUCCCUGAUCUUUUUUGGUACACUGGGAGGCCCAGUAUAAGUGCCGCUUUUCAGGUCAGGUGCAAUACAUACGUUAAGGUCUUGCUCAUCAGCAAAAAUGAAUGUGUCAUUAAGCUGCAUGCAGUGCAGUGAGGCUGUCCCAGCAGAUACUGCAGGCUCAGCGCUCCAGGCCCUCUGCCUUGCAGGAUCCAGCCCUUAGUAAGAGAAAGCAUGAUUAACUCCUGUGUAGUGAUUUACCACGUAGACCAUUAAAAGACUGCAGGAUAUUCCUCCUAGGCAGAGUUACACCACAUGUUCCAAAAGCCUCUUGGAAAGACAAAUGUGUAAGAGCGUGCUCAGCAUAUAUUCUAAUGCAUCUUAAUUUCAGAGGUACAAUUCCCUUUAUGUUGCAUGUGAAGAUAGCAUCUCUGGUGUCUCCUUAGCUACCCGUGUUGUUUUGAUUGUUCCUAAGGUUCCAUGUUUUGUUAACGCUGGUACAAUGCAUGUAAACAAACUGAUAAAUCAUCUUUCUGCAUAAUGCUGCUGAAUGGUAUCAGACAUACAGAUAUACAGACAUACUGGGCUUUGCUCCUGUAACUUCGGCUGAAGGCGGUGGGUUGCGGACAUCCCGCUUGCUUCUGCAGGCCGCCCUGCUGCAGUCUGAGCACGUUUGGGUUGCUGGUUGUGUUGAAGCCUUCAGCCUCCUCCCCGUUUGGGCCCAACCCAAGUGCUCGCUGGCAUUGGGGUGGGCUUUGGUCUCAUUUCGGAGGCUUUGGCCUGUAGCUUUCAGGACUUCGAUGCCGCGUGUCAUCCCUUAGCCGCGUUAAGGGGUGCUCUACUGACAGUGCUUCUUUCACUCCCUGCAGUUGUGUAUUUUACCCGUUUGUAUUUACCCUUCCCCACGUCAGCACCCUCCCCCAGGAAAGGAGGACUCCCCUGCCUUGCAGCGACAUCAGUACGCGUUAUCUGAAUUGCUGCUCUACCAAAGAAAGCUUUGCAUCACUGAAGGAAAAAAGAGAGGACGGCAAUAACCGCUCCGGGGGCUGCGACGCCUCCAGCCGGGCUGAGGGCAGAGCGCCGCGCUUCGCUACCGGCCGUUCCGCGCCCCCGGCGCCGCCUCCCAGCGCGGGGCGGGGCGGGGCCGCAGCAUGGCGGCGGGCGGCGGGUAGCGGCGGGAUGGGCUGGGCGCGCUCGCAGCCGUGCGCGCUGGCGCUGGCGGCGGCCCUGGCCGUGUGCGCCUUCUACUACCUGGGCGGCGGCGGGGAGACCUUCUCCAGCGCCACCCGCCGCCUCCGCGCCACGCGGGCCGCCGCGCCGCCCGCCACGCCGCCCGGCCCGGCCCGCCGCGAGAGGACGGCGGCCGGAGGAGAGGCGGGCCGGGCGCUGCACCUCCUGAUGAUGUUCACCAAGGCGGAGCGCAGCCCCGCGCUGCGCGGUAAGGGCCAGGCCGCGCUGCGCUCCCUGCUGCGCCACGGGCGGCUGCGCCGCGGGGACGCGCUGCACCUCCACCUCGUCACCGACGGCGCCAGCAGAGACAUCGGAGAGGGGCUGCUGAGGGACGCGCUGCGCGGCGCCGCCUUCCGGCACCAGGUAAUAAUCCACGAUGUCAGCGAGCUGACUGAGAAGCUGUUUCCAAUCGUUGAAGCCAUGCAGAAACACUUCAGUGCUGGAUCAGGGACCUACUACAGCGACUCGAUUUUCUUCUUGUCCGUCGCAAUGCAUCGGAUCAUGCCCAAAGAAAUAACGCAGAUCAUCCAGGUAGACUUGGACCUGAAGUACAAGGCCAACAUCCGCGACCUGUUUGAGGAGUUUGACAACUUCCAGGAGGGAGCUGUCAUUGGGAUUGCCAGGGAAAUGCAGCCAGUGUACAGCAUUUCAGCUACUGAAGCGUGCUGGCAGCGACCUGCUCACCAGACUGCAAAGGGCAGGUUGUCAGAUGGACAAGCAAGUCACUGUCCCCAGGACAUGUACCGGAUGUGUUUCUGGUCUGAAGAGCAGCCUGGCAGCACACAUGAGACCCCCGAGAAGAUCACCCUGCUGGCACCUGAGAUGAAGGAGGACAGUACUAGUGAUGACACUGCAGCUCUCAGCAGCCUCAGACUGACCCCAGAUCAGCACACCGACCGGGCUCCCCACUCUCAUUCAAUGGCCAUCCCAGCCUCUUCACUUCAGCCAGUGGGGAUGUCCAACCAGGGGCAGCAGGGUGGCCCAUGGCUGUGGUUUGUCUCCUGGAGCUGGUGCUCUGAAUGCCUCAGCAGCCGAGAUGCUGAGGCCCCAACUUGACAUAGCCUGGGAGGGUUCUGCUGUGUCUCGAGAGGUCUCAGACCUUCCCAUGUCCAAGGUGCCGCUGGGGCUGGGGAGGUCACUGCUGUCUCCAUUUCUCCUCCUUGGUGAGAUUAUCACUGCUGGCCCUGAUAACAAAAAGAUAUUAAAGACGAAGGCAUCUUGGAAAUCAGCAAUGCUGGAAAUUAAAGUUUUUCUUGCAGGAAAGAAUGUCUACAUCAAAGGACACCUACUGACUACAAAGGACUGACACUUGAAUCCUUUUAUAGCUGCAAGGCCAUUUGUCUUUGCUUCUGCCUGAAACCCAGGGAGAUCUCAACUAGGGUGUUUUUUCAUCGGAGUCAAAGGGGUGAGAAGCAUUUUUUCUUACUGUGGUCAUGCAGGAGCUGCUGUAGCUGCGUUGUGUGCUCAGUCUCAUGGGUCUUGGUUGUGCUCUUCUGCAUGUGCUUGCAUCUACCAGGGUCAGACCACACUGCCCUCCCCAAAGCCCCUUCUGCUGCUGGAGAGUGGGGAAGCCUGUCACUCCUACAAGCCAGGUGGGCUUACAGCCACAUGAAUAACCCGGAAGGUAACCAGGGCUCAGCCAAAACCCACAAGAAGGGGUAAGAUAGCCCUCAGACAUCCAUUACCUUGGAGCCCGCCACCUCUGGUGUUCAACGUUUGCUGGAAGCUUAGUGGCAGCUGGAUUAAGUCAGUUUGUCAACUGUUUAGAGGAGAAAAAGAGUUAGCUUGGGCUGUGAGCAGUCUAAUGCUGAUCCUGCAGCCAAACUGGGCUGAUAGAUGUCUGUGCUGAGACAGUACAUCCUGUACCCUCUCCCUAGAUUUAAAAAGAAAAAGCAGAGUUGACAGCUGCCAGCAAGGUGGAGUUGCUGAAUUCCCUGUGUGUCAAUUACAGUGGUGGUGGUGUUUGUAAUAUUUAGGGCUUCACAGCUGCGUGAAAACAGUCACCAAGUAAAGCCAGAGGGGAGUUGUAGCAGAGUGCAGGAGGGCUGCUUGGGAUCAAGCCUUCUGAAUAAGGAAAUGAUCAUCUCCAGAGGGCAGCUCCUCCUUGCCUGCCUUCUCUCCUGGCUCCAUGGGCCCCUGGUACAGGCAGGCUGCCCUGAGCUCUGGAGGUUUUGCUCUUUUCCAGCUGCUUCUUCCCUGGGGAGCAGGGAGCUCUGCCUUUCUCAGUCCUGCUGGAGAAGGCAGCAGUGUGCCUUUCUGUGUUCUGCCAGGCACAGUGACGCCUGUGCUGCCGGCAGCCUGCUCAUAACUGGGAGACAGAGCCAAGAACCUGCUGCACUUUGGGUUUUAAACCAUUUAGAGGAUUGAAUUGAUCUGUAGCAAGUACUGCUGCUUGAUGUGAGGGGGAAACGAUUCUAGGAAUUCUUUGGCAAUUGUUACCAAGAAAAAGCCAAAAUUACAGAACAAGCAGAACCUGCAAGGAACUGGCAGCAGAAUUGAUUUAAGGAAUUCAGCAUUACUUUCUGAUAUCUGAAAUCCAAGAAGGCAAAGGUUUUCAUUGCAUACGUCUGUGCACAUCAUGAAUAUGUAGGAUCCGUUUCCCUUACUCCCAUUGCCAACUGAACUUGCAAUGUCACUUAAAAACAAUGAAUAAAUUUGGCAAGAUCUAACAACCACAAA